UCCAUUUGUUGUAAUGGGGGUCAAUGCUAGUUACUGUUUAUCUUUGGUGUGAAGUUAAUAGUGUUGGGGUAGGAAAAGUGUUUGUUUUCGGGAACAAAUAUCGUAGCGUGUCGGAGUAUUUUUUUGUCUUCAGAUACGGUUCAAAAUAAGUAGCAGUAGAUUGCAUUUAAGGCUAAGUGCAAGCUGUAAAAAUGACGGUGACGAAGCAAUACAGGCCCCGCUGUUUCUUCGAUAUCGAAGUUGGGGGGUUGCCCAUGGGCAGAAUUGUUUUCGAGUUAUUCUCUGAUACAUGCCCAAUAACAUGCGAGAACUUCAGAGCCCUUUGCACCGGAGAAAAAGGUGAAGGAAAAACUACCGGCAAACCUUUACAUUACAAGGGAAUUAUCUUUCACAGAGUAGUGAAAGAUUUCAUGAUUCAGGGAGGUGAUUUUACAGUAGGAAAUGGCACCGGUGGCGAAUCAAUUUAUGGAGGAACAUUUGCAGAUGAAAAUUUCGAGCUGAAACAUGAUAAGCCAUUCUUGCUGUCCAUGGCAAACAGGGGUAAAGAUACAAAUGGGUCUCAGUUUUUCAUUACGACACAACCGGCGCCUCAUCUCGACGGAGUACACGUGGUCUUUGGCCACGUGCUAUCUGGCCAGCACGUCGUCUCUCACAUCGAGGGCCUGCCGGUCGACCGCAUGUGCCGCCCCCUGCAGGACGCACGCGUCACAAACUGUGGAGAGCUUGUUUUGAAGAUCAGAGGCAAAGAGAAGAAGAAAAGGAAAAAGGUAUCGAGCAGUUCUGCUGAAACAGGUAGUGAUUCUGAUGCAGAUAAGAAGAAAAAGAAGAAGAAAAGAAAGAAGCAAAAGAAAGAGAAAAGGAAGAGCCACAGUUCCAGUUCGGAGGACAGUGACGCCAGCGCAGAGAAAGAUGACGUCUCCAGCCCGGAGGGGCAGCCGCACCCUCUGGUCACACUCACGAAGAUCGAUCCCGACGAGAUACCGGACGUGCCACGCAACAAGUUCUUGUUUCGUGGUGGCAACGUGGCCGCCGACAAGGAAAAGAAGGACAAAGAGAAGGACAAGGAUAGAGACCGCGACCGUGAGAGACGGCGGCGGAAGGCACGCAUACGUGGUAUUACCAAGAGUGGCCGUCUCAUCAAAGGCCGUGGAGUAUUUCGUUACAGGACACCAUCUAGAAGCAGAUCGAGGAGUGUGACUCCUCCACACUGGAAACAAGCCCAGAACAGAAUUAUUAAGUACAGUGAGUACGAGAAAAUGGAGCAAGAACGUAAGAAACGUGAGGAGGAGAUCAAGCGACGUGAGGAAGAGAGGCGUAAGAGGCACAUGGAGCGAGAACAGAAAAUGAUGGAGGAGGAAGAGGAAGCAGGGGCUAGGAAGGUCCCAUCGGCAGCAGCCUUCAGGCGAGAAGACAGAAAAGGGACUGCUUCAGAUGAAGAAAGCCACACGCCUCCCCUGUCACAGCGGCGACGGCGGGAUCCUCCAUCGGAGCCGGAAGAAGGAGAGGUUGUAGCGGACGACGAGGGCCCGGCGGCUCCGGAUGAGGCUAACAGCGAGGUCCGCAAUGGCACGUCACCGUCUCGGCAGACGAGCAGCAGGGAAAUGCGUACUGCUGGGCCUGUCGACUACAAUGCCCUGGACUACGACGAGGGUGCAGGUUCUGAAGAGGAAGGCCAGAAGCGGCUCUCUUCUGUUGCGAGUAGCGUGAAGACUUCCGAGAAACCAAAGGAGUCUGCAGAAAGUGAUAUCAUCAAGACAAAGGCUGAAAGGAAAACGGAAAAGGCGUCUCUUUCUGAAACAAAAGGUGUGAGUAAAAGUUUGCCUGCCCAGGAUAAUUUGAAACGAUCUUCAAAAGUCCCACAGGAUACGGAAUCGAAGAAAACGAAAGAGAGUAGUGGAGACCGUGACGAUUCUCACAACAGGUCAGUUCCUGCGCACGUGGAACGUCAUCAUAAGAGCCAGAGAGAAAAGGAAAAAGACAGAGACAGGGAAAAGGAGAAGAAGGACAAGGAGGGUGGUAAAGACAGGAUAAAGCAGAGAGAGAAGGAGAAAGAGAGAGAACGCGAAGACAGAGAGAAGUCGAGAGAGAAGCACAGGGAAAAGGAUGAAGAAAAGAGGAGGAGAGAGAGAGAGAAGGGGGAGAAAGAGCGAGAGAGGAAGUCGAGGCGGUCCCGUUCGAGGUCUCACCACCGUCGCGGGGGAUCUCCGCAGUCGAGGAGGAGAGAUAGUGACCGCAGUAGACACGGCCACGAGAGGGACAGGGAAAAGAAAGAGAAGGACAGAGAGAGGGAGAAAGAUAAGGUGAAGGAGAGGAGGCCAGAAAAGCAGAUAAAGGAAGAGAAGCAGAUAAAGGAAGAAAAACAGAUAAAGGAAGAGAAGCCGCAGGUUGCGAAGGACGCCGGAACAAACUCGGAGGGCGGAAACCGGGACAGAGGCAAGCGGUCGGAGCGGGAGCUGUCGAAGGAGGGGGUGCGUCCCGUGGUGGUGACACCGACCCUGGCAAAGGCGUCCACGGCCGAGAAGGGUCCGGCGAAAGCUGGACGGGGAAGUGCGGCUGCCAGGAGCCGCAAGCGCUCCAGCAGUUCCAGCAGCAGUAGCUCCAGCAGCAGCUCCAGCAGCUCGAGCAGCAGUGGCAGCAGCAGCUCGUCAUCAUCGUCCGGUCCGUCUUCUUCGGGCUCGGACUCCAAGCGGGCUGCACGGGCCUCCCGCAAGAAGUAGUGCGGCACCUGUGUGAGUUUGCCGUCAGAUGACUGUAUCUGAAUGUGUGGGACAGUUUUUCAGUUUGUCAUUUUUCUUUUUUUACCACUAAUGUUUACGGUGGCAUUCUAUUGACACGAGACAGCGACUGGACUAGAGCUUGUCGGCACCUAUGGAAAAAAUGUUGGCUCUGAGGAAAGUGUCCACUUAGAGGUACAUUUCUUAUAUGAAUCUUAGGUAAGAGAGGAAAGACGAGAUACUUAACAUGUUGAGAAAAAAUUGUGCUCUGCGAACACCUGACACUAUCGUCUGGGAUGUGCUUCUGCCCCUUUAAUUAAUAGAGUUGCCUAUUUCCGUAGCGUCGUACGAGAUUCGAUUCCAAGUGUCUCUCUUGAAAAUGGUAAAAAAAAUGGGAGUCCGUAGAAAGUUUGACAAAACAUGAUGUACCGUGUGAACUGUUCAGCAUUGCAGUAUGUAUUUCAGCUGACUGCUUGAUAAGUAUUGCAAAUCAACUAAGCAGAUGUUUGUUUCUACAGACCAAUUUAAAAGUUUCAGCUAGACGUAGCUUUAAAUUUGACACUUUCCAGUGGCAUUUUAGAUAUACUUCUAGCUAAAUAUUGAGGAUGUGACUAGAUUUGAAAACUUUUGAGGCUAACAUACCACAUGGAAAAAGGAGGGAUUAGACUCCGUGUAUGCGUUUCA